ACUUUCCAUCAACACAAUGUCAAAUGACAUCAUAAAGUCAAUAGGACGUGCAUCUAGAAUUCAUCAGAAAGGUGAUCCACAACAGGCCUCUGGUAGAACAUUUUUCAUUGAUGUUUCUCAUCAGAACUUGACUACCAUUCCCUCAGAGAUCUUAGAAUUAGAAGACUUAGAAGAAGCGCAUCUGGAAAACAACCAGCUUGAAGCAAUCCCCCAAGGGAUUGAGCAUUUAAAGAACGCCCGGAUCCUCUACCUGAACAAGAACAGGCUGACCGAGCUGUGCCCGGAGCUGGGCAAGCUGAGCAGCCUGGAGGGCCUGGACCUGAGCCACAACCCGCUGCUGCCCUCGUCCCUUCCGGUCCUGAGCGGCCUGCGCACGCUGCGCGAGCUGCGCCUCUACCACACGGGCCUGGCCGAGAUCCCCAUCGCCAUCUGCAAACUCCUGCACCACCUCGAGCUGCUCGGGCUGACCGGCAACAGCCUGAAGUCUCUGCCCAGGGAAAUAGUGAACCAGACCAAACUGAGGGAGAUCUACCUGAAGCAAAACCAAUUUGAAGUCUUUCCUGCGGAGCUCUGUGUUCUCUACAACCUGGAGAUCAUUGACCUGGAUGAGAACAAACUAACUGUCAUCCCAGAAGAGGUUGGGAGCCUGACGAGGCUGCAGAAGUUCUAUGUCGCUUCUAACAGCCUGCCCGUUCUCCCCGAGUCGCUGGGCCACUGCAGCAAACUGUCGGUGCUGGAUUUGUCCCACAACCGCCUCCACUCGAUCCCGCACACCCUGGCCGAGCUAACGGGGAUGACGGAGAUCGGGCUGAGCGGCAACCACCUGGAGAAGGUGCCGCGCCUCCUCUGCAAGUGGCCCUCCUUGCACCUGCUCUACCUCCGCGACACCGGCCUGCGGGGGCUGCGGCGCUCCUUCCGACGGCUGGCCAACUUACGCUUCCUGGACCUCAGCCAGAACCAUCUGGAGCGCUGUCCGUCGGAGAUCGGUGCGCUGAAGAACCUGGAAAUGCUGGCGCUGGAUGAUAAUAAGAUAUGGCAGUUACCCUCAGACUUCGGUUCACUUUCAAAGCUGAAGAUGCUUGGAUUAACGGGAAAUCAGUUCCUUUCAUUUCCAGAAGAAAUCCUUUCUUUAGAGUCUUUAGAGAAAUUAUACAUUGGGCAAGAUCAGGGAGCCAAGUUCACCUCUUUGCCAGAACACAUUAGUAAACUACAGAGUCUUAAAGAGCUGUAUAUAGAGAACAACUAUUUGGAGUACCUGCCCACCUCCUUGGGAUCAAUGCCUAACCUGGAAAUUCUUGACUGCCGCCACAACCGGCUUAAGCAACUUCCAGAUUCCAUUUGCCAAGCACAAGCUUUGAAAGAAUUACUGCUUGAAGACAACUUGAUCACCUGUCUUCCAGAGAAUUUAGAUAGUCUGGUGAAUCUAAAAGUUUUGACACUGAUGGACAACCCCCUGGAUGACCCCCCAAAAGAAGUGUGUACUGAAAGCAUCCAGGCUAUAUGGGCGGACUUUAAGAAAAAAAGAAACAUGAAGAUAAUGGCAACAAAGAUUCAGGCAUGGUGGCGUGGAAUAAUGGUCCAGAAAGGAUUGGGGAGAUUUGAAGAACUGCAAAAAUUGCUAAAGAAGGGAAAGAAUUCUCCAAAAGAUAAGAAAGGAAAAAAGGAUGUAAAAGAAAAAACUGCAAAGAAAAAUAGGAAAUAAUUCUAUAAUGAAUUGAGUGGUACAGCUGCUAUUCCUGAGUUGUCUGGGGCCACCCUGAGACCUUGGGUUGCCAGGUGAGUAAUGAGCGUGUUUUGCCUGCUCAUCUCAACCUGAGGGCUCCCGUGGCCCUCCGUGCGAAGUC